GGAAGAAGAUGAAGAUGGCGAGAGAAUUGAGAUGACGAGGUUGCUCUCUAGGACGUUUCCGUCCGUGAAGCUUCGUGAUUGCAACUCUAAAGCUUCGGAAUUCAAAAAAUUACAAACCCAAGUUCCGAUUUCAUCAUCUUCUUCGCAGCAAUCGCUAGAUAACUUGAAGAUCCCCAAAUCCAAAUCCUGGUCUGUUUAUCUCAUUCUCUCCACGACCGAACCCAUCAAAACAUAUGUCGGAAUCACCACCGAUUUUGCUCGCCGAUUGAAGCAGCACAAUGGUGAAAUCAGAGGUGGUGCAAAAGCUUCAAGUGCAGGAAGACCAUGGCUUUGUGCUUGCAUUAUUACUGGAUUCACUUGUUUAAGCCAAGCUUCCUCGUUUGAAUCGCAAUGGAAGAUAUUUUCAAGAAAGUUACCACGGAGAAAGAAAGGCGAGGAGAUUAGUCAGAGUGAUGCUUUGCUACAACACCGAAGGAGAGCUUUAGAGAAAGUCGAGGAGUCACUAGAAUGUAGUCAUCUUGAAACUGACUGGAAAAUCUAACCAGCUGUUGUAACUUUUAAAAUUGAUAGACAGAAGUCAAAGCAAAUGUGCUUAAGAUUUUUCUUAGUUAUUGUGUCUUCAGUUUAUAAAUAAAAACAAGUAUAUACAAUCAUUUUAAGGUAUAAGAUUGAGAACUGUGAAUUGGUAGUUGAAAAUUGGGGUUAUGCUAAACACUGUAGAAUAAUCAGUGUUUAUCAUU